AUGAAUGCUACAAAACUAUUGGACAAUGACAGUAUCACAAAUGUGGAGAAGACAGGCACCGAUUUAUACCUUUUCAUUUUGCCAAUAAUCGUUAUUUUUGGCUUAUGCGGUAAUAUCGUCUCAUUGGUCACUAUUUUUCAUUCACGUCUGCGGGAAGUCUCAGCAAAUCUUUAUUUGAUAGUGCUUACAACAGCGGAUAGCGUUUUUCUACUUGGUUUAUUAUUGAUUCUAUUCAAACUGGACUUUAUCACUUAUCACUUUUGUGUUGCUAUCGAAUACAUCUUAUCAACAUCAUCCUAUAUCAGCAGCUGGUCUGUUGCUGCACUCACCAUUGAGCGAUAUUUAGCAAUUACAUAUCCACUGAAACAUGCAACGUAUGGACAUUUGGAUCGAUGGAAAAUGAUUUUAUUUUGGAUACCUAUACCAUUUGCAUUUAAUUUAAUUCAAUUUAUAUCACUGAUACCGUAUAAUGAUAAGAGUGAUCCUCAAUAUCCCAAUAUACGCAAAUGUGUUCCACGUGAUGGUAGUUUUCAGAUCGUUAUCGAAGCUGCUGAUGUAAUAUUAUGCUACGUGGUACCAUGCCUUUGUGUAGUUUUAUUGAAUUUGCUUGUUGCUAAAAAAGUGAAACGUGGUUUCACGGACGAUCCCAAUCGAUCAAGUUCAAAUAGCAAUUCCAGUCGUCGACGUCAUGGCUCAGCUAUGAUAUUAUUCGUAGUGCCGGUGGUGUAUAUGUUGUUGAAUACUCCAUUUUAUUUGUUACGAAUAACGGAUACGAUAGCAUUGUAUGUUUUCCAAAGUUAUAAAUUCUCGAUUAUUGGUGGCUUAAAUGGUACUCUUACAAUAUUCUUAUACAAUACCGCUCAUUACUUAUAUUACAUCAAUUUUGCUUGCGAUGUUAUCGUUUAUGCAUUUUCCAGUUCCAAUUUUCGGAAGACGGCAGUAAUUGCAUGGCGUCAAAUAGUAUUCUCGCAUGGUGAAAAGAUUCAAAAAGUAACAAGUCAGCGAUAUCACAAUGUUAGCUGUCGACUGUCAAAAUUGACUGGUGAAAAUAUUUCCAUUAUGCAGUUGCAGUAA